AUUAGCCAAUUUAGUUCUACCCUUUCAAUGAGUAUACAAGAAUUUCAGUGACAUUAUAUUCCACCAUUGAAUUUGUCAGUAAUUUGACUGUUUAAUAAUGAGUUUUAAGAACAAAGUCGUUUUAGUCACUGGUGGUAGUUCUGGCAUAGGAGCGGCCACUGCUGAGCUGUUCUCUAAGAAUGGAGCUGAUGUCGUCAUCGUGGGACGCAAUGAGAGCAAGUUACGUAUUGUCGCUGACCGAUGUUCGACCCUCGGCCGUACUCCACUCACAAUCACCGCCGACGUCUCCAAAGAACAAGAUCUCACCGCUAUUAUCGAAAGGACCAUCGAGAAGUAUCACCAACUUGACGUACUAGUAAAUAACGCCGGCAUUGCUUGCAUUACUGAUCUAAUUGAUGGUGAUUUCCUUUCUAAAUUUGAUGAAGUUAUGAGCACCAAUCUCCGAUCAGCUGUUGUUCUUACUAAAUUAGCGAUACCACACUUAAUCAAAACGAAGGGGAAUAUCAUCAAUAUGUCUAGUGUGAUGAGCACCAGGUUCAAAAAGAGCCAACUGGCGUAUGGCACUUCGAAAGCAGCAUUAGAUUAUUUCACAAAGGCUUCGGCGACGGAAUUGGCUCAAUUUGGAGUUAGAGUGAAUUGCAUCAACCCAGGGUUCACGAGAACUGAUAUAAUGACGACUACAGGAAUGCCGAUGUCUACUUGGGACGUAUUGGCUCCUACAACAGCCCUCGGUAAAGUUUCAGAACCUGAAGAAAUAGCUGAUAUGGUACUUUACUUGGCCAGUAACAAGGCUAGAAGUAUUACUGGAACGUCCAUUAUUGUCGAUAAUGGUAGUUCUAUUGUUUCUAGGUGAUUUAAAUAUUGUAACAUUGAGUAGUGAUUAUGAAAACAUCAAGUAUUUACAAAA